AUGAAGUUACCUCCAGGUAUUACUGUUAAUUCUACUAUCCAGCACGCUUAUCCUCUGGUUUACAAGCUCCAAAAAUCUCUUUAUGGUCUAAGGCAAGCCUCUCGUCAGUGGUAUGCUAAAUUAUCAAAUGCUCUUUGUUCCAGGGGUUAUAUUCCUUCUCUGAAUUAUUAUUCUCUCUUCAUUAAGAAAUCUGCUGCUUCAACUGUUUUUCUUACCGUAUAUGUACAUGAUAUUGUUCUUACGGUCUUGUAUGAUAAAUCUGGGGUUAUUCUUCAUCAAAGAAAAUUCAUUACUGACUUACUUCGUGAAUUUAAUUGUGAUUUUGUUUCUGCCGUUGUUUCUCCUCUUGAAUUGUGUGUGAAACUUAAAUCUGAUGAUGGGGAGCUGUUGUCUAAGCCUGACACUUAUAGAAGUUUGGUUGGUAAACUUAAUUUUCUCACCCACACUAGGCCUGAUUUGUGCUUUGCUGUUCAGCACCUAAGUCAGUUUCUUAAAUGUCCUAGGAUGCCUCAUAUGAAUGCUGUUCUUCAUAUUUUGAAAUAUUUGAAAGGCACUCCUCAUGUUGGGGGUUUUCUCAAUAACUCUUCUGAUUUUUCUGUACUUGCCUACUGUGAUAGUGAUUGGGCAGCAUGUUCUGAGUCAUGUAGGUCUAUUUCUGGGUUAUGCAUAUCUCUAGGUUGA